UUUAAAACAAAUCUAAAUCAUUUUUAAGAAUAUAUAUUUAAUAUAUUGGGAACAGCUUUUAAUGGACAACUCAACAAAUGUUGGCGACAAAGAUCUGAACGCACUUAAAGAGAGAACCAAAAAGAGUUUGGAUUCUUUGAUUAUCAAUGAAUUUCCUAAAAGAAUUGUUCAAAUGAAUCAACUCAUUGAUACUAAACUUAAUGUUAAUAAAAUUAAAGAAAUUAAGACAAUUGUUAACAUUCCUAUUCCCGACAAACCAACCGCAGAGAUCCAAACAUCAGUGACAACACCGAUAUCGCGGACAAGUCUUGAUCGGCGAGUAUUUCUAUUUCCCAAUGGAGUCAAUCAAAGCAAUUCAGAGAUUUGUAAACUUAUUGAAUGUGUGAAACCUCUUCUUUUGGAUUUUGUCAAAGAUAUGCGAUUACUUAGGUUUGCAAUUCAGUUAAUGGUUCCCACAGUUGAAGAUGGAAAUAAUAUCGGUGUUGUCAUACAGUCUAUAGCCAUUAAACUGAUUGAAUCUUCAGAAAAAUUGGCUUUAAGUCGAUUAAAACAAUUCGGUAAAUAUCAUAAUUCUCGAGGAAAUGUCGUUUCAUGGAUCGCACGAUAUCCUCACUGUCAAGACUAUCGUCAUUGUCUUGAAGAAGAAGACCAAAAAUUUUAUUUAAUUUUGUGUCUUAUGAUUAGAGAAAUGAGAGACAAAUACGUUUCAAUCAAUGAUUUUGUGGUCAAAAAUUUAGACAAAAUCAAGAAUCCCCGACCCGUUCGCAUCAAUUCUAUGUAUUGAAUAUUGACUUAACAUUCAAACCAUUCAUUCAACUAUCAAAUUAUAUACAGUAUAUA